AUUGACGUGUCCUAAUGACGUAGAAUGCGUCUGCUAGGAGGGAGGGUAUGAUGUGGUGUAGUCCAUCUCCUGCCGCAAUGUACGCGUACGUCCCGACCUUUAUUUAUGAUUAAAGUAUUGAAAAUAAUUGGAAAUUAUUUGGUUCCUACAAAGACUGAAACCUCGAUGCGUUACUCUUUUUAUCGUGCGAAUGAAAAUUCAUGGUGAUUAUGAAGCUCGGAAAAGGACUAUUGGUUUUGUUGCUCCUCUUGGUUAUGUUUUCUGAUGCAGAGCUAGAGGAGACAUUAAAAAAACGCGAAGAUAUAGACAAAAAAUCUAGUCUAACCGAUGAAGAAGAAAUUGUUGAAGAUGAUCUGGAGAACACUUUUGAACAUUUACGUGAAAUUAAAGUGCUACGUGAUACUAUAUUGAAGUUGGUACCAACUUCGCAUCCAUUUCUUCGAGAUGUUCUCCGGGGUAAACAACGGAAAGGAGACUCUCAGGAUGAUGAUGACGAAGAUGUUGUGCAAAAGGAAAAUUUGCGGGAGACCGAUAUGGAAGCUGCAAAUAGUUUGAUUAAAUCAAUAGUUGAUCGUGUCAAAGCAAUGAAGAAUAGCGACCCUAACGACAGGAGUUUGGAAGAGUGGGAUGGUGUUGAAUUCUGGGGGGAGGAUGACAUAUCGGUCACUGAUUUUCCUGAAGAAGAAAAUACCAUUCCAUUAACGCCUGAACAACUAGAAGGCGAAGAAUUAUUCAAGAAGGCUCAGAGUAUUUUGAAUGCUACACACGCCAAUAAAGCCGAAGCGCACAAGCUUCUGACAGCAGCAGCAACAUUGGGACAUAGAGAAGCUCGUUCCAUGUUAGCUUGGGCUCAGCUUCUAGGAACUCAAAUCAGUCCCUCAGCAUCUAGUGCUUCCUCCCAGGAUAUUCCCUCUGCUUUACAAACUUUCAAAGAGCUUGCAGAGACUGGUUUACCUUCUGCCCAUAUGGGCUUAGGAUUCUUUUAUGCAACAGGCCUUGGCGGCUUAAAUGCGUCACAAGGAAAGGCAUUAUUGCAUUAUACAGUAGCAGCUCUUGGAGGAGAUACUAGGGCACAAAUGGCUCUUGGAUAUCGUCAUUGGGCUGGAGUAACGACUCCAGCAUCAUGCGAGCGAGCUUUAGACUUCUAUCGCAAGGUGGCUAACAAAGUUGCUGAAGAGGUGUCUCUAAGCGGAGGGCCUGUUAUACAACGAGUGAGACUUCUGGACGAGUACGAAAACCCAGGAUACACAUCUGGAAUUCUAGACCAGGAUUUGAUUGAGUAUUAUCAACUGCUAGCUGAAAAAGGAGACAUCCAGGCCCAAGUCGGUUUAGGGCAACUUCAUUAUCAAGGAGGAAGAGGAGUGCCAUUGGAUCAUCAAAAAGCUCUUCACUAUUUUCAGCAUGCAGCUGAUGCCGGGAAUUCUCUGGCUAUGGCCUUCCUAGGGAAGAUUUAUCUUGAGGGGAGCGACAUAGUGAAGCAAGAUAAUGAAACGGCGUACAAGUAUUUCAAAAAGGCUGCUGAACUUGGCAAUCCAGUUGGGCAGAGUGGAUUAGGGCUUAUGUACUUAUAUGGAAGAGGUGUUGAACGAGACACUUCCAAAGCCCUAAAGUACUUCAGUCAGGCCGCAGAUCAAGGCUGGGUUGAUGGUCAAUUGCAAUUGGGAAAUAUGUAUUUCAGUGGAACAGGUGUCAGCCGUGACUACAAGCUGGCCAAUAAAUAUUUCAACUUGGCCAGUCAGUCUGGGCAUGUUUUAGCGCUUUAUAACUUAGCCCAGAUGCACGCUACUGGUACUGGAAUGAUGCGAAGUUGUCCAACAGCUGUAGAACUUUUAAAAAAUGUAGCCGAAAGGGGAAAAUGGAGCGAUCAACUCAUGAUGGCUCACAACGAGUAUCGUGAAGGAAGAGUAGAUGAGGCGUUUGUCACUUAUACAUUACUAGCGGAGAUGGGCUACGAAGUUGCUCAGAGCAACGCAGCAUUCAUUUUAGACAGAGCUGAGACAACCAUUUUCUCUGAGGAAGAAGGCUUUGUCAGGGCUCUGUACCUUUGGGCCCGCGCUGCUGCACAAGGCUAUUCUCCCGCUCAGGUAAAACUUGGUGAUGCCCACUAUUAUGGCAAAGGAACCCGAGUGGACUACGAAGUAGCAGCAAGUCAUUAUCGGUCAGCUUCUGAGCAGCAGCAUAAUGCACAGGCGAUGUUCAACCUGGGCUACAUGCAUGAACGAGGCCUUGGUCUUGCCAGGGAUCGGCAUUUAGCAAAACGGUGUUACGAUUCAGCUGCUGAGGCUAACGCAGACGCCCGUAUUCCGGUUGCCUUGGCUCUUUUGAAGCUAUCUUUCCUGUUUGGAUUAGACUAUGUGCAAGAAUUGAGUUUUAUUGACCAAUGGGAUCAAUUCCUUGGACAAAACUGGGACUUAUACCUUAUUGGGAUGCUUACUGGCAUGCUAAGCAUGGUUAUAUACUUUCGUCGACCUCAACCGCCACCACCGAGACCUGCACCUCCUGUUAACUAGUCUUAGUUCACGAAUAAAAAUGACUAUAACAUCUGAGAUUACCAGUACCAAGCGCAUAGUUAUUCCUUCACCUAGUAAUUAAUCUUGUUUGUUUGCCAAAUGAAUGAAUGAAUGGCGACUAAAGAGAUUGACAUGAUAAUUAGUUUUGUAUGGUUUUGAACGCUGGAUAAUAAAUAUAUAAAGUUAUACAAUA